GAGGGAGCCACGCGCGCCGCCACCGGGUGGUGUUUCUGUGAGAAAUAGAUGAACAUCAGUGGAUUAUGCCAGUGAAAAAUCCUGUAGAGAGACUGUUCAGCUACAGAUUUGCUUUCCUUAGAUGCUUAUAAUGGAGCAUUUCUUCACCAAAGGAAAAUGCAUCAAAGACUUCAAAAGAAUCUUCUUUUUUUUACUUUUACUGUGUGUGAUUUCCUUUAUUUGUCCUGAUCAAGACUACUAUAGUUUACUUGGAAUAUCUAGAGAAGCAACAAGUAGAGAAAUAAGACAGGCUUUCAAGAAGUUGGCAUUAAAGUUGCAUCCUGAUAAAAAUCAGAAUGACCCAGAGGCACAUGAAAACUUCUUGAAAAUAAACCGCGCAUAUGAAGUAUUAAAAGAUGAAGAUCUGCGGAAGAAGUACGACAAGUAUGGCGAGAAAGGUCUAGAAGAUCACCAGCAAGGAGGUCGAUAUGAAAGCUGGCACUAUUAUCGCUACGAUUUUGGGAUUUAUGAUGACGAUCCUGAAAUCAUAACACUGGACAGAGGAGAAUUUGAUGCUGCUGUUAAUUCUGGAGAACUGUGGUUUAUAAAUUUCUAUUCCCCCAGAUGUUCGCAUUGCCACGACUUAGCACCAACGUGGAGAGAAUUUGCUAAAGAAAUGGAUGGAUUAAUACGCAUCGGAGCUGUAAACUGUGGCGAUAACAGAAUGCUUUGCCGCCUCAAAGGAAUUAAUAGCUACCCGAGCCUGUAUGUUUUUAAAACUGGAAUGAAUCCAGCAAAAUACUAUGGGGACCGGUCAAAGGAGAGUUUAAUGAGUUUUGCCAUGCAGUUUGUUACGAGCACAGUGACAGAGCUAUGGGCAGGGAAUUUUGUCAACACUGUAGAAACUGCAUUUGCUUCUGGUGUUGGCUGGUUAAUCACCUUUUGCAGUGACGGUGGAGAUUGUUUAACUUCUUGGACACGCCUUAAAUUGGCUGGCAUGUUGGAAGGCCUUGUCAAUGUAGGCUGGAUGGAUUGUGCCACCCAGGGUGAGCUUUGUGAUAAUUUGGAUAUCUCAUCUAGCACGACAGCAUACUAUCCACCUGGAGCCACCUUAACUCAUAAAGAGAGAGGAGGUGUUUUGUUCCUGAAUUCUUUGGACGCGCGAGAGAUAUAUCUGGAAGUCAUGCAGCACCUUCCAGACUUUGAAAUGAUCCCUGCAGCCACUUUAAAGGACCACGUGGCCCAUCAUCGAUGGCUGAUAUUCUUCCUGUUCGGUGAGAGUGGCAAGUCGAAUGACCAUGACUUCAAGAAGCUAAGUUCUCUACUUAAAGCUGAACACAUUCAGGUGGGUAGGUUUGACUGCCUGACAGCACCCAACGUCUGUAACGACCUGUACGUUUAUCAGCCGUGUGCAGUGGUCUUUAAAGGAAGGGGACUGGAUGACUACGAAAUUCAUCAUGGGAAGAAGAUUCUGUAUGAUAUUUUGGCUUUUGCCAAGGAGAGUGUGAACUCCCAUGUCAUCACUCUUGGGCCUCAGAAUUUUCCCGGCAAAGAGAAGGAGCCUUGGCUUGUGGACUUCUUCGCACCUUGGUGCCCUCCCUGUCGAGCUUUACUGCCUGAACUAAGAAAAGCAUCAAAGCAACUGUACGGUCAGCUGAAAUUUGGGACAUUGGACUGCACAGUUCACGAAGGGAUUUGCAACAUGCACAACAUUAGAGCGUACCCAACAACGGUGGUGUUCAACCAGUCAGACACUCAUGAAUACGAAGGACACCAUUCUGCUGAACAGAUUUUGGAGUUUAUUGAGGAUCUCAUGAACCCAUCAGUAGUUUCUCUAACACCGGAGACCUUCAGUGAGCUCGUGAAGAAGAGGAAGAACAGCGAUAUCUGGAUGGUUGAUUUCUAUGCUCCGUGGUGUGGUCCCUGCCAAGCUUUAAUGCCGGAAUGGAAGAGGAUGGCCAGGUUGCUGAAUGGCAUCAUCUCAGUGGGCAGCGUGGACUGUCAAAAAUACUUCUUUCUCUGCCAACAAGAAAACGUUCAAGGCUAUCCUGAAAUAAAACUCUUCCCCCAAAAAUCAGUUUCCUCUCAACAGCACUACAGCUACAAUGGCUGGCACAGAGAUGCUUAUUCUUUGAAAAGAUGGGCACUGGGAUAUUUGCCUCGAGCAUCUCUGGAUCUGACACCUCAGAGUUUCACGGACAAAGUCCUGAAUGGAAAAGAUCACUGGGUCGUUGACUUUUAUGCUCCUUGGUGUGGCCCUUGCCAAAACUUUGCUCUGGAAUUCGAGAUCUUAGCUAGGACCGUCAAAGGAAAGGUGAAAGCUGGAAAAGUGGACUGCCAAGCGUAUGGUCAGACUUGUCAAUCUGCUGGCAUCCAAGCUUAUCCAACGGUUAAGUUUUAUCCUUAUCAAGGAACAAAGAAAAAUGCUUUUGGAGAACACAUAGACAGCCAAGAUGUGAAAGUCAUAGCUGAUCUACUGCUGGACAAAAUUGAAGAUAUUAAAAAUAAGAGGAAAAAGGCCUCCAGAAGCAAGGAUGAACUCUGAAUGACGGAGUAAAUUCCAAGCCUACCAGAGCUGUGGCUACAAGAUUCUAUUAGUUCAUGUUCCUGGCAGAGGAAGAGAGAUCCACCCCACAGGGAUUCAUUCCUGGAUGCUUAGUUUCUCUCAGCAAAUGCUGUCAGACUUUUGUUCUCAAACAUCCAAAGUGUCCGUUCCUUACGGAAGGAUAAGUUGGCUCCAUAACAAGCGUUUCAUCUGGAAUGACUGCAACGACUUCGUGCUGCUCAUACGGAGGAUCUAGGCACCCCCUUGCACUCCACCGUUUUUUGCAUUGUUUUUCCAUCUUUUUUUCAAACGUUAUCGGGGACUGUUUUCAGUUGCCACAGUAGUCGAUUGAUCCCAGAUCUACUGUCCCUUUAAGUUCUCUUUUGAGAGAGAGAGAGAGAGAGACGCUUCCUAGUUUCCCUUUGGGUGCCCCAGUGUUUCUAAAUGGAUUCUGUGCCUGAGCAGGGGAGAACAGGUGGCCUUAAUUACUCCUUUUAUCUCCUUACAUCAAAUCAUCAGAUACAAUUCAAACAUAAAUGAUGCUCAUAAUUAUACAAAUAGGAUGUUGCUGUCGUGAAAAAUAAGACUAUUAAUUUUCUGGGCUGAUGGAACGGGCUUAAUUUUUUUUUCCACUACAGUUGUUAUCAUAAUUGCUCCGUUAUGGUCAUUAAAAAAUGAAUGAACAAUCACAACUUCAGCGAAGGAUGGAAGGAGUCAUAAAAGAAACCCGCCCUGCCCUGAUCAGUCAUCCAUUCGUUAAUGCUUGGGCACUUAUUUCUGAGCAGCAGAACCGGCAGGGAAGACAGUUGUGGGAGAAGCACACAAUUAGCUGCAUGGAGCUGUCUAUGGAGUCAGCGUAAUAUUAGGAUAUUGCCCUUGGGGGUGGGCACUGCCAGAUUUUUAAGGGGGAAAUAUAACACUAAUAAGUGGCAGGUGGAGUCCCCGUUUCAAUUCUGCUUGCAGCUCAAUGCAGAAAAAGAAUCCUUCGGUAGUGCAAAACUUGGAUCUGUCCACAAGACUUUGGCAGCCGCUGUGACUAUAUGCUGUCUGCACUACCCUGGAGGCUUUUGUUCGAAGACUUGGUCUGUUGCAAGAAUACUGUAGGACUUCGGCCUUCUAAACGUUUCUCUGCAAAACUGUCUUUUCUGCGCUACGAAGGAAUACUGUUUCCACCUAUGAAAAGGCCGGUGGAUGGACUAUGUAGCAAUUUAGAAAAACAAAGCUGCAUUUUUUAA